UCACUAGCGGGUACCCGUAGAUUGUGCCGACACCAUUACAAAAUAGGGAUGUUCUUGCCUUAAAAUCUAGUUUUUGUUGUAAGUGUUUGACUCGACGCCCCCUGUAAUUGUGACUUUUAUUAGAUAUACAUGUUUUCAUUGUGCACGAUACACAUUUACCUUCUCUGAUAUUAUUAUAUUAAAUGCAAAUAAUUACUACUCCAAUACAGUACACCCUACAGCUGAUACAAUGGUAUUUUCCAUAAGGUAGGGUAAUGGAGAGUUGUAGCUAAGCGAAAGCGAUCAAGCCUGUGACAGUGAAGAAACUUGACUUUUAUUAACACAUAUAUUAGUUAGAGCCUGAAGAAGAAGCCAUACGAUGUCCUUGAAGCCGCGGGUGGUGGACUUUGAUGAAACAUGGAACAAGCUACUGACGACAAUCAAGGCUGUGGUGAUGCUUGAUUAUGUGGAGAGGGCCACAUGGAACGACAGAUUCUCUGACAUCUAUGCCUUGUGUGUUGCUUACCCAGAGCCUCUGGGUGAAAAGUUAUACACAGAGACCAAGGUGUUCCUGGAGAACCAUGUCAGACAAUUGUACAAGAAAGUUCUGGAGUCGGAGGAGAAGGUUUUAGUUAUGUACCACAGAUACUGGGAGGAGUAUAGCAAGGGAGCAGACUACAUGGAUUGCUUGUACAGGUACCUCAACACACAGUUCAUCAAGAAGAACAAACUGACAGAGGCAGACUUGCAGUAUGGCUAUGGAGGGGUUGACAUGAAUGAACCACUUAUGGAGAUAGGAGAGCUAGCACUAGACAUGUGGAGGAAACUGAUGAUCGAGCCCCUGCAAGCUGUCCUGAUACGGAUGCUGCUGAAUGAAGUCAAAAAUGACCGGUGCGGUGAGGACCCUAAUCAGAAAGUCAUCCAUGGGGUUAUCAACUCCUUUGUUCAUGUUGAACAGUACAAGAAAAAGUUUCCUCUCAAGUUUUAUCAGGAAAUCUUCGAAGGGCCAUUUCUGACGAAAACAGGAGAGUAUUACAAACAGGAAGCCUCCAAUUUACUGCAAGAGUCCAACUGCUCACAGUAUAUGGAAAAGGUUUUAGGACGGUUGAAAGACGAGGAGGUGCGAUGUCGAAAGUACCUGCAUCCCAGCUCCUACGCCAAAGUCAUCCACGAAUGCCAGCAGAGGAUGGUGGCGGACCACCUGCAGUUCCUCCAUGGGGAGUGUCAGAACAUCAUCCGCCAGGAGAAGAGAGACGGUCAGUCUGGUUACAGGAGCGACGACAUGGCUAACAUGUACACCCUGCUUCGAGCCGUGUCCAGUGGUUUACCUCACAUGAUCCAGGAGCUCCAGGUCCAUAUCCACGACGAGGGCAUCCGAGCCACCAGUAACCUCUCUCAGGAAAACAUGCCAACCCUGUUUGUGGAGUCCGUGUUGGAGGUUCACAGUAAAUUUGUUCAGCUCAUUAACACAGUGCUGAAUGGGGAUCAGCACUUCAUGAGCGCACUUGAUAAGGCUUUGACGUCAGUGGUUAACCACAGGGAGCCCAAAUCCAUCUGCAAAGCACCUGAACUGCUCGCCAAGUAUUGUGACAAUCUGCUGAAGAAGUCUGCAAAGGGAAUGACAGAGAACGAGGUGGAAGACAAGCUGACCAGCUUCAUUACCGUGUUCAAGUACAUAGAUGACAAGGACGUUUUUCAAAAGUUUUAUGCAAGAAUGUUAGCCAAGCGGUUAAUACACGGGCUGUCUUUGUCCAUGGACUCGGAAGAAGCCAUGAUCAACAAACUAAAGCAAGCGUGCGGCUACGAGUUCACAAGCAAGCUCCACAGAAUGUACACAGACAUGAGCGUCAGCGCAGACCUGAACAACAAAUUCAACAACUUCAUCAAGACCCAGGAAUCACCGGUUGAACUGGGCAUCAGCUUCCAGAUCUACGUAUUACAGGCAGGAGCCUGGCCCCUCACACACGUCCCCUCCUCUACCUUUGCCAUCCCACAAGAGCUGGAGAAGAGUGUUCAGAUGUUUGAGUUGUUCUAUAACCAGCACUUCAGCGGGAGGAAGUUGACCUGGCUGCACUAUCUCUGCACAGGUGAGGUGAAGAUGAACUAUCUCUCCAAGCCCUACGUUGCCAUGGUGACCACCUACCAGAUGGCGGUGCUGCUGGCGUUCAACAACAGUGAGACGGUAGGCUACAAGGAGCUACAGGACUCCACCCAGAUGAAUGAGAAAGAGCUUCAGAAGACUAUCAAGUCCCUGCUGGAUGUCAAGAUGCUCAACCACGACUCCCAAAAGGCCAGGGGUCAGGUGUCAGCAGCCACAGAUUCACCUGGAGAUCUGGAGUCAGCAGGGUCUUCUUUAUUGGAGGAAAUCGAGGCAGAGUCCACAUUUUCACUAAAUAUGAGUUUCACCAGUAAAAGAACAAAGUUCAAGAUCACAACGUCAAUGCAGAAAGACACACCACAGGAGAUGGAGCAGACGAGGAGUGCAGUGGACGAGGACCGCAAAAUGUAUUUACAAGCUGCUAUCGUGAGAAUCAUGAAGGCACGCAAAGUGCUCAGACACAAUGCCCUCAUACAGGAGGUCAUCAACCAGUCCAAAGCCAGAUUUAACCCCAGUAUCAGCAUGAUCAAGAAGUGCAUUGAGGUGCUCAUCGACAAGCAGUACAUCGAGAGGAGCCAGAGCUCUGCAGACGAGUAUAGCUACGUGGCGUAAUGGUGUAUAAGGCCCCUACCCUAACCAACUGCUGGCUAAGCAAAGAACGACAGAGGCCAUUCUUCAUUUAUUUUUGGGCUGUCGCUGUCUCGCAUGCUCCUAUAAGGAGGGAGGGAUGAAGCAGGUCCGUGGGCCUCCAUCUUGGAAACAAACAAAACUGUUCAACCCAGACAGCCACCGAGUCAUGACACCCUCUGGCCCCCAUCCCCCCCCCCCCCCCCCCCCUCAUCUGAUUUUAUGCUGUUUACAACAUCACCAGUGCCACGCACCCAUUGCGUCAAUGGAAAAUGCCUGUAGGUAUCUGAGCGCAAAGCUGAUAAUACAUUUUUGGUCGACUUAGCCGAAAACAAAAAAAGAAUGGGGGGGGGGAAAGCGAGUGAGCUGUGACAUUGACAAAAAUGUUAGAGACUAGAUGUGGAAAACCAUGCUUUCUUUUCUCACCUUUGCAGUUUUUAAAUGUAUCGAAGUUUAAAAAAAAUAUUGUAAUAAAACCGGUAAACUGAUAAUUGUAUCUACUUUCAAAUGUAAAGAAAAAAACAAAUUGAGGUGACAAACAUGAUCCUGCUGCUUGUCAAAUAAAUAAAUAAAAUACUGAGGGUUUUUGGUAAAUAUUU